AUGAUCGGUCAGCUGCUUGUGCUCGCCAGUCUGCUGGCCACAACGUCGGCCUUUGCGUCGUCCCCAACCGAUCCGUGCGUCGCGUCGCCGCCGCCGACGGCGCCAGCGGCGCCUCACAAGAAGACCGCUUUCAUCCAUGUCGACAUCCAAAAGUGCUUCACGAACGGGCCCCCGAAGGGUAUCGAUAACGACUACGCCUACUGCAACCCGCCGGCAACCGGAGGUACCGACAAUUGCACCCGUCUUGGAUCGCUCGGCGUGGCAGAGGGCGCCACGAUCGUCCCGGCGGUCAACGACCUUCGCCACUCGUGCCUGUUUGAGGGCGUGUUCCGUUCCCAGGACUACCAUCCAGCGGAUCACAUCAGCUUCGCCUCGCGCCACUUCGGCGAGACGCCCUUCUCCUUCGCCGACGGCCCCCUACCCUUUGUCGGCUACCCGAUCGAGUUGGCGUGCACCAAGAACUCGACGGAGGAGAUCAAGGACGUGGCGUGCUGCCUCGUGGACGCGGCGCAGCCGGCGUGCAUGAUCGGCGCGAACGGGACGACCGUCUGCACGCAGGACACCGACCCGGAGAACCCCGCGUGCUCCGCCUGUGUUGGCCCCGACGCGAACUGCACCAAGAUGAUGCAGGGCAUGUGGACCGACCACUGCGAGCAGGGCGGCGACUCUGGCUUCGCCACUGGCCUCGAGGUCGACGAUGACGACGUGAUCCUGCAAAAGGGUAAGAACCCGCACGCGGACGCGUACUCGAUCUUCAUGGACAACCCGCGGCUGCACUACACACCGCUCAACGACAUGCUCCAGGAGGAGGGGUUCGAGGUAAUCUACAUCGCCGGGAUCCCAUUCGACUUUUGCGUCUACUGGACCGCCAUCGACGCCAUCCGCCUCGGUUACGAGGUAUACGUGGUCGAGGACGCUACCGCAUCGAUCGGAGUGCCCAACGGCGACAACACCACCUCCGUCGACACGGCCAAGGCGGACAUGCUGCUACAGGGCGUCAAGUUUGUGUCCACCGAGGAGGUGCUGACGUCGGAGUGCCCAGCUGGGACGGAGAACAUGUGGACGUCUCGCCGCAACCGGCGCAAGUCUCGCCGCUUGGUCGAGAAGUAUGGCAAGGUGGUCACCCUCUGGACCCAUGGCGUGCUCAGUCAGCCGUGA